AUGAAAGGAUUCCAUUUUUCUUCUUCUUCUUCUUCUCCUCCAUGUUUACCUGCAGGUGCCUACCCUCGACUGUCUCUGAGCUUCAAGCUGAAGAGAAACAUUGGGUACUUCAUCCUGCAGACCUACAUGCCCUCCAUCCUCAUCACCAUCCUGUCCUGGGUGUCCUUCUGGAUAAAUUACGAUGCCUCGGCUGCCAGAGUUGCAUUAGGGAUCACCACUGUCCUGACCAUGACUACCAUCAACACCCAUCUGAGAGAGACUCUGCCCAAGAUCCCGUACGUGAAAGCCAUAGACAUGUACCUGAUGGGCUGCUUCGUGUUCGUCUUCCUCGCUCUGCUGGAAUAUGCCUUCGUGAACUACAUCUUCUUUGGAAGAGGCCCUCAGAUGCAGAAGAGACUGGCGGAGAGGGCGCAGAAGGCCAACAAUGAUCGGGAGAAUUUAGACAGAACCAGGGUCGACUCCCAGGGGAACAUUUUACUGACAACCUUGGAGAUCCACAACGAGGUGGGAGGGAAUGAGAUCACCACCAGGGUGUGCGAGACCCACAACUCUUCCUCCAUGGUGUUCGACAACUCUGGGGUCCAGAACAGGAAGCCGAGCGAACCGCGCUCCAGCCUGGAGAGGAACGUGUAUCCGAGGAGAACACGUCUGCAGAGAAGAACCUCUCAGCUCAAAAUCAAAAUCCCAGACCUGACGGAUGUGAACGCUAUCGACAGAAUGUCACGGAUAAUAUUCCCCUUCAGCUUUUCCCUCUUCAACGUCAUCUACUGGCUUUACUAUGUCAACUAA